UGGACGGUUUAUAAGGGAGGCACGCGCAGCGACAUCAACGCUCACACUACGUCUAGACGCCACUCGUCGCACAUCGCCGCUACUUACUCCGAUAUCAGAAUGUACAGGACUCUGCUGACAGUCAUGCUCGCCCUGGCCCUGGUCACGGUCUGCUGUGCACAGGUCAACUUCUCCCCCUCCUGGGGCAAGAGGGGGGUCUCCCAGCAGGACGGCUGCAAGGCUUCCAUGGAUUCACUCAUGUACUUGUACAAGUUGGUGCAGAGCGAGGCCCAGAAGAUUGUUGACUGUGAAAAAUUCGCCAACUGAUCACACAACCGGACCCCCUCGUUAUAAAGAAUAUUGUUGCACAUUUUUUGGGCAGGAGCACUUACGCUUAGUUUUGUAUAGCACCAUGUAAUAUAAGUUAUAUCAAUUCAUUAAAUGAUUAUUAUUUAA